AUGAAAGAGGUCACACAGGCCUGGUACUAUGAAGCAUGCACCUCGCGCUUUGACGUGAUUAUCGUUGGCACAGGCAUCUCCGGUAUCAACGCCGCCUACCGCAUCCAAGACCAGCUGCCCAACUUCAGCUAUGCGAUCUUGGAAGCUCGCGAGGACCUGGGUGGCUCCGCGAUCAAGGAAUACAUGCACACCACUGCCGAGAAGUAUGGUAUUGAUAAGCAUAUCCUGUUCCGGCACCAUGUGUCAUCUGCGGACUGGUGCACAGCUAACAGCACCUGGUCACUGGUCGUUGAUGCGGACGGUGUGCCCAAGACCAUAACUGCACGCUUUAUGAUUUUUGGUACCGGCUACUACGACCACAAGCAGCCCCUGCAGGCCAAUAUCCCCAGUCUAAAUAACUUCCAGGGCCAAGUUGCGCACCCGCAAUUUUGGCCCGAGGACCUCGAUUACAGGAACAAGAAGGUUAUAAUCAUCGGUAGUGGCGCUACCGCGAUCACGCUUCUCCCUAAAAUGGCAGAUGAGGCGGCGCAUAUCACAAUGCUACAGCGUACUCCAACCUAUAUUUAUUCAGUUCCCAACCACACAGCCAACAGCAGACUAGCAUACCUCCUACCAUCGGGCAUAUAUCACGGACUACAACGAGCUAUCUGGACCCUAAGGCAGCGAAUGUUCCUCCUCUUCUGUCAACGCUUUCCCUCCUUCGCGACCUGGAUCCUCAGGCGCGGCUUGGAAAAGGAACUCCCCGGCCACAUCUCCUACGACCCCCAUUUCAAGCCUCACUACAAGCCCUGGGACCAGCGAAUGUGUGUCUGUCCUAAUGGCGACUCCUUUGCCUGCCUGCGCAGUGGAAAGGCAGAUGUCCACACCGACACCAUUAAGACCGUCACGAAGAAGGGUAUCGCGCUCAAUGGGGGCAUGGCACUUGACGCGGACAUCAUCGUCACAGCAACCGGGCUUAAGCUGCAGAUCGGCGGCGGCAUCAGGCUAAGUGUUGACAAGCAGAAGAUCGACAUCCGUUCCAAGUACCUGUGGAACGGGGUUAUGUUGCAGGAUCUUCCUAACGCGGCCUUCGUGAUCGGAUACACCAACGCUUCGUGGACACUGGGUGCCGACGCCAUCACGCAGUGCAUCACCCGCAUUCUCAAGAUGCUCGAGUCGCGCAAGCUCGUCGCUGCCGUCCCGCGUGUCAAGGCCCAGGAUGCCCAGAAUUUCCAAGACCGCCCCCAUGACCGGUUUACUGUCCAAAGAGAAACUCGAAAUGAUAAGUAGAGAAAC